UAAAAGAUGAAAAAAAUAAACACGGAAUCUGGUUCCAGUAAUAGCCGAGUGAGACGCUUCCUCCUCUGAUAACCGGCUAUAAAAAGAGCUCUUCGUCUGUCUUCAGGAGAGAACACGAACGUUUGUGCUUCUACAUCCAGCAGUAAAACACCAAAAUGGGAAAGGGGCAAAAAAUCACCCUGGUCCUCAUCUCAGUCAUUUUCCUUGGCCAACUCUGCUGGACACAGGGAGGGAACACCAUUCUAAAUCAUUACACUUCCACAUAUGGGCUGUUGUGUUAUGAUGCCUGCCACCUGCACGAAAAAGAAUUCUACUGGUGCAACACUAAAAAGGGCUGGGAUUACUGCUCGUUAAAUUCAAACACUGAUUAUAAAGGCUUCCAGUGUAAAGAUGACCAUCCCUGUGACCUGCAUGGUAAAGAGUACUACUGGUGCUAUAACCAGGCUGGGGACAGCAAUUACUGUGGAAUAGUGGCGCUAAGAACAGUGCUGUAUAGAAGUUCGACUUAUCAGAGCGAAUGCAGGGAUGAGUGUUCCUACGAUGAGUCAAGGUUAUACUACUGGUGCAACACAGCUAAAGGGUGGGACUACUGCUCUCCAUCACCUGAUGUCACGUACAAGAACGAGCCGUGCCGAGCCGAUCACGGGUGUAACACUCAUGGCUAUGACUACUCCUGGUGCUGGACAGCCUCAUCCUGGGACUACUGCGGUUUUACUGAGACCAGCGGGAUUUACGGAAGGACUGGACGUCGGAAAAGACAACCUGAGGAGAUAGAAGAGAUCUGUAAGACGACUGACCAUGGUAACAAAAGGGUGACCACGAUCACUGCCCAGAAGGCUAAUAUAAUGACAGAAAGAAACAAAUGGAUGAACGAGAUGAAUCAGAUAAUUUCAAAGUAUGAUAAAAAAAAACUGGGCAACCAGGCCAAGUCCAAUAUCAUAAAAACAGACAACCUUCGCCUUGACCUACAGGGGCUGCUUAAAAGGAAUAAUCAGUAUUACUACAACCUCCAAAUUCAGGUGAACGUGAAUCGCCAAGAAAGAAAGAGCACCACAGUGGCCCAGGUGAUUAUACCACAGAAUGAAGACAUUCCAGACAGAUAUGUCCAUAGAGCCUUUAGUGAGAGCUUCAGUCGUGGUGCUAAGGUUUUUGUGGAUGUGGAACGUUAUAAAAACAUUCCUGUCAGGCAUGGGCAAAACUGUGAUUAAACCAACCUAAGCUGUCAAGUUGCAGUCAAUGAUUUAACUUUUGAAUUUCUAAUUGCUAAUUGCUAAUUUGAAUGCUAAUUGCUUGAAGCUGCAGAACCACAGCAUGCUAUUGCUUUUGAACAGAUUUGAGUUAGUUUAGAUUUA